UGUCUUCCAGCCCUAGUCGUACUUAUAGAAUUGUUUGAUUAAUUUUUUUUAUAUCUAACAUUCUGCGUGUAAUCUAAUAAACAAUUGAUUCCUGUUGGCAUCAUGAAUUGUGUCACGUGUCAAGGCAGCGUUGACAAAUCAUCAAAAUGCUUAUUAAAAGCACUGGACACCAUUAAACAACACUUUAUGAUGAUGCAAAGUGUAUGUGAGGAAAAUGUCAAAACCAUUAGUCGGUUAAACCAGCAUAAUGAGAAACUGCACAGGGCAAUCAACUUGUUGAACCAGCGCACCAAACCAAGCCCAAAGCGCCGCAGACUCUCGCCCAAAAAGAUGCAACAGCGCCGGAGCACCAUUCAACUGGCGAAUAAUGCCUCACCAUUUGUGCCGGAGAGUCAGAACUCGCUAAACAUGAAUAUUGCGCUGCAAUCCGAUGACGAGGAGGAAGAAAUCAUAACGGAAACGGAGCCAGCAAUCAGUCCACAUAAAUCUUGGAGCGCACGUCGCAAGCUGAACGCCACAAAUUGCGAAAAUGAGCUGCCAACAAGCACCACAAUAAGAACACUCAAAACAGACACCAGCAAUGCCUGGCUGAGUAAAGCGCCUAUGGACAAAUUGCCAGUGGGCAAAACAAAAAUGUCGCUGACACUGCGCAGCAACUCACCCAGAUUAAAGCAAACGCGACUAAAAUUCGAUGCUAGCCAAAUGAACAAUGCGGCAGACUACGAUAAGGAUAUCAUUGAAUCCAGUCCCAAUUUGUAUUCCUCGCUGAAGCAUGCCAAGCAAUCGCGUUCGCUUCUACAGAGAGCCGACAACACCAGCGCCUUAAGCGUCAAAACCAACUCUUUAAACAUCAAAAGCAGCGCAAGCAGUAAUAAUCAGCAUAUAUUUGAUUUGGACGAUGACGAGUCGUUCUUCGAUCUAUGCCCGGAUCCGUCAGCACCUCGGCCGUCUUCGGAUGUUGUCUUGCCCUCAUUGAGCGGCACCUCAGAUACUUCCAGCGUGGUGCUGCUCACUCCUGCCACACAGGAUAUAGUGUUUAUUGAUGAUAGCAUUACUGAAGCGAACAAUUUAAAUACCAUGGCCUUUAUGGAGGAGGCAAUCAAGCAAGAUGACAAAGUGUCUCUUGCGAAGUUGCAAGAAUUCGAAGCGGAUCUAAUCAGAAAGUGUCAAUUUGAGGCUGCCAAUGUGAAACCUAUUGCAAUUUCAGCUGCGAAGCCAGCUGCCAGCGUAAAGCAGGAGCCACUGACUGAGCUCCCAAGUGAUUUUGGCAAUGAAUCAACCAAGCUGCCAGAAGAUUUUGAUAUGGACGAUGACGAGCAGGAGGAAGAAGAAAUCUUCCCGCUACCCAUUGUGAUUAAGCAGGAAAAACAAAUGAGCGCUAGGGACCGCUUUAAUAUUGACUGUGUGCAGUGUGAAAAGUUUAUCAAUUUCAUGGGCAACAAUUUCGAUGACGAAAAGAUACGAAAGUAUCUGAGUAAUUGCAGGCAUCACGAUGAGCGAGAGCUGGAGAACAAUACACCCGAUGGCUUUUGGAAUCCGCACAUGGUUUCAUUUGCGGACGAUGAUCCGCGCAACAAAGUGCACGUUGAUCGUCGUUUUGUUGACCAGCAAAAGAAAUAAACAAAGACUUGUGGUUAUUUUAUUUCAACCACCUACAAUUUAUGCAAAUGCUUUAUAUAUUGAAAACGACUCAAAAUUAUAAUUCAAUAGUUAAUUACAAAUUUCCGCGCUUGGCCUGCUCGAUCUCAAUGGCUGUAAAGAGCGACUUGAAGUUGCCAGCGCCGAAACCCUAAAAAUAAAGUGAACAUUUCUAAAUUAAAA